AUGGCACCAGGCGCCAUCUUCGAGGAGCCCAAUGUGGCUGAGCCAUUCAACAACCGCGAUGGUUCAGCCCUUGAGGCCACUUCCGACCUGAUCGACGAUGUAAACGUUCUCAAGGCUGCCAUGAAGGUGAAGAACGGCACCGCCACACAAGAAGAGAAGGACAUCUACGAGCGAUCUGAGUUCGACGCCGAGAAAGACAAGACACAAUUCAGGCAGUACGAGGACGCAUGUGACCGUGUCAAGAAUUUCUACCGCGAGCAGCAUGAGAAGCAGACUGUGGCCUAUAACCUAAAGGCUCGCAACCACUUCUACAGCAAGACACGUGCCGAGAUGACCAUCUGGGAGGCAAUGGAGAAGCUCAACACACUGAUCGACGAGAGCGACCCCGAUACAUCCCUCUCCCAGAUUGACCACCUCCUCCAAUCCGCCGAGGCCAUCCGCCGUGAUGGGAAGCCCCGCUGGAUGCAACUCACAGGCCUGAUCCACGAUCUUGGCAAGCUCCUCUUCUUCUACGACGCCGAGGGCCAGUGGGACGUAGUCGGUGACACAUUCCCCAUCGGCUGCGCCUUUGACAAGCGAAUCAUCUACCCCGAUACAUUCAAGAACAACCCAGACUACAACAACGAGAUCUACAGCACAGAACACGGCAUCUACGUCCCAGGCUGCGGCAUGGACAACGUCAUGUUGAGCUGGGGACACGAUGAGUACCUAUACCACAUCAUGAAGGAGCAGUCAACCAUUCCUGAUGAGGGCCUUGCCAUGAUCCGCUACCACUCUUUCUACCCAUGGCACAAGGAGAAUGCGUACAGAUGGAUGAUGAACGAGAAAGAUGAGCGUAUGCUGGAGGCUGUCCGAGCGUUCAACCCAUACGAUCUGUACAGCAAAAGCGAUGAUGUGCCCAAGGUGGAGGACCUGAAGGAGUACUACAUGGACAUUAUCGACGAGUUCAUUGGCAAGGACAAGAAGAUCAGGUGGUGA